AUGGAUAAUGGUAUGCUUCUUCUCCGGUCGUGCCCUCUCUCUCCUCCAGGCUUUCCUCUCCCAGACCGGUCUGAUCUGGGCUCGUCUCGCUACACCAGCAAUACCAGUGUCUUCCAGAACUACGCCAUGGAGGUGAGAACACCACACAUACAGACCUCUCAAACUUAAACCAGGAAAACUCACGGGAACAUUGAAAAGAAGCCUACACUACAGCUAGCUCGAGACAAAGGAUCCAGGCCAGGGUGGUCUCUGCCAUUUUGUGCCGACCCCUGCCUGACCUGACGUCCAUGAUGGCUCUGCUGUGCUUCCAGCUGCUGAUCUCCAGCUGCUCUCGCUGUAAGACGUGUGACUGUCUGGUGUACGACGAGGAGAUCAUGGCGGGAUGGACGGCUGACGACUCUAACCUCAACACCACCUGUCCCUUCUGUGGGGUCCCCUUCCUCCCCUUCCUCAAUGUAGAGAUCAGAGACCUGAGAGGACCUGGGAGGUACAGUUUAUACACACAGACAUUUACACCCUCCCUCUAUCUGCCAAUAUCACACCUACACUCAUCCUUCUCCCCCGUCCUCCUGUCACCCCGUCUUUCCUCUCCGUCGCUCCCUUCAGGUUCUUCCUGAAGAGCAGUCCGUCAGCGGAUGAGGCUGUGUCGUCGUCCUACUCUGUGUCCACCGGUCUGGACACCGGGACGUCCACCCUGUCCACGCCCUGUCCCACCACCGUCCUGUCACCUCUCUCACCCAGGAUCACUGUAGAGGGCUGCUCUGGUAACAACAGGUACACUACACACUACACACUACACACACAACAUAACACAACACUAUACACGAACACAACACUACACAACACGAACACACACACACACACACUACACGACACAACGACACAAAAGACACACUACACUAACACUACAACACACACACUACAACACACUCAACACACACACUAACGAACACAGUACACAUACACACAUAACACAACACACACACAACACUGACAACACACACAACAAUACCCUACACCAUACACAACACACACACUAACACAACACACGACACGAACAACACAACACACACACACAACACUAAACAUACACAACGACUAACACACACAGAAACAGACUACAAACACUAACACACAAACACAGAACACACACUACCACACUACACACUACACACAACACACACACUACACACGACACGAACAGACACACUACACACAAACACACACGCACCAUACACACACACUAAACACAUACUAACACAACAACACACACUACACACACACACUACAACACUACACACACACACUAACGAACAAACACUACACACAACUACAUAAACACUGACAAUAACACUAACACAUACACAACAACACGACACGAACACACAGACACAAAAACAACACUACGAACACUACAACACUACACACAGACACAACGAACACACACAGACGCUACACAACACAUACACACAACACUAACACACAUACACAACAAAAACGAUACACAACACCAAACACACUAACAACACGACAAUACACACGACACACUAACACCCAACACAUAAACACGAACACAACACUGAACACACACGACAAAAACAACACUACAAACACACACACAACACAGACACGACACACACACUACACCGAACGAACAACACGACACACGUAACACGAACACGUACACACACACGAACACAGACAACACGAGACACACACACGACACACAACACAACGAGACACAACACAACACGACAACACAGCAACAAACACGAACACAGACACAAACACCACCACACACACAACACGACACACACACUAAACACUACAGAACACAGAACACUAAACACGACACAACACGACACAGACACUAGACAACACAUACACUAGACACAAGACACAGACACGACACACAACAACACACGACACACUACACAACAACUAGACACGACACACACACACACACUAACACUGACACACAACACGACACACACGACACAGACACACACACAAACGAGACACAGACACACACACGAACACAGACACGAAACACACGACAACUAACACAACAACACACAACAACACUAUGAACUAACACAACACAAACACACUAACAACACACACAGUACUACACUAACACAGACAACGAUACACACACACAACACUACACACUAACACUACACAUACAACACUGAACACUAUACACGAACACACACAAUACACGACAAUACGAGACAACACACUACACUACAACAAAACAUAACAACACAACACAUAGACACGAUACAGACAAGAACACUACAAAACGAGACACGAGACACAACACGAGACACGAACAGACUAGACCAAACGACACGCGAAAAAAACGACACUAGAACACACACUAUGGACACUAUACACGAGACACGAACACAACAUCGAGACACGUAACACAUAUACACAAUAAAUACUAGAACAAUACACACGAGACACUAUAACACUAAACACAUACACACAAAACUAACACCAUGACACACACUACACACUAUACACUAUACACUAUACACUAGACUACAGAUAACAGUAUACUUACUACCACUAUCAUUAUAUACACUGAGAUUAUUAGUCAAUAUUAGUAUGCUGGUAGUGUUCCCUCUCUCAAUUAGUUUCCUGAGAUUAUUAGUCAAUAUUAGUAUGCUGGUAGUGUUCCCUCUCUCAAUUAGUUUCCUGAGAUUAUUAGUCAAUAUUAGUAUGCUGGUAGUGUUCCCUCUCUCAAUUAGUUUCCUGAGAUUAUUAGUCAAUAUUAGUAUGCUGGUAGUGUUCCCUCUCUCAAUUAGUUUCCUGAGAUUAUUAGUCAAUAUUAGUAUGCUGGUAGUGUUCCCUCUCUCAAUUAGUUUCCUGAGAUUAUUAGUCAAUAUUAGUAUGCUGGUAGUGUUCCCUCUCUCAAUUAGUUUCCUGGGAUUAUUAGUCAAUAUUAGUAUGCUGGUAGUGUUCCCUCUCUCAAUUAGUUUCCUGAGAUUAUUAGUCAAUAUUAGUAUGCUGGUAGUGUUCCCUCUCUCAAUUAGUUUCCUGAGAUUAUUAGUCAAUAUUAGUAUGCUGGUAGUGUUUCCUCUCUCAAUUAGUUUCCUGAGAUUAUUAGUCAAUAUUAGUAUGCUGGUAGUGUUCCCUCUCUCAAUUAGUUUCCUGAGAGUAUUAGUCAAUAUUAGUAUGCUGGUAGUGUUCCCUCUCUCAAUUAGUUUCCUGAGAGUAUUAGUCAAUAUUAGUAUGCUGGUAGUGUUCCCUCUCCCUCCUCAUUUGGGCUUCUGUUGGAUCACAUGACAUCUCAUUAGAGAAUGUGUUUGAAGUAGCCACCUACUGAUACUAUCUGCAAUGGAAAACAGGAGCUCCUCCGCAAUCUGCAACACCUGGUCCUAACACUGAUGUGUGUGUGUGUGUGUGUGUGUGUGUGUGUCCAGGGCCCAGUGUAUAGAGAUCCCCACAGAGCGGCGCCAGGGGGCCCUGUCCCCAGGGUCAGCUAUGGUGCGGAGUGUCAGUGCCUUUGGCCCCAUGCAGGAACCGACUACACUCAACCACAGUGUACCAACUACAGGCAGCUUGCCCAGCCGACUCAACGAAGCCACCGUGAGACACACCCCCAAAGCACACGCAUACUGGGUUCACAUGCACAUAUUUCACACACACCCCCAAAACACACGCAUACUGGGUUCACAUGCACAUAUUUCACACACACCCCCAAAGCACACGCAUACUGGGUUCACAUGCACAUAUUUCACACACACCCCCAAAGCACACGCAUACUGGGUUCACAUGCACAUAUUUCACACACACCCCCAAAGCACACGCAUACUGGGUUCACAUGCACAUAUUUCACCUUUUAUGGGAACAGUGGGGACAUCAGGGAAAGAGGCAAAAGCUUUUCUGAAGGUCCUAGAGAACACACACACACACACACACACACACACACACACACACACACACACACACACACACACACACACACAUUCUUACUAGAUGAAUAUGAUGUAUCUGUAGUGGUCCAGUACCACCCACAGCCUAACUUCUCAACUUUAACCCCUUGACCCUGAAACCCCUCCUCCCCAGGACUCCCUGGGUAUGGAUGUGGACUGGCGUCUUCACCACCCAGAACCAGUCACGGUACCCUACCUGAGUCCCCUGGUGCUGUGGAAGGAGCUGGAGUCCCUGCUGGAGAACGAGGGAGACCCUGUUAUCACAGUAUCGUCCGUGGUGGACCACCACCCCAUCAUCUACUGGAACCUGGUUUGGUACUUCAGACGCAUGGACCUGCCCAGCAACCUGCCUGGACUCAUACUGACCUCCGAGCACUGCAACAGGGGAUCUACGGUAGGGGAACACUCACAUACAGUGCUAUGAAAAAAGGAUUUGCCCCCUUUCUAAUUUUCUCUAACUUUUGCAUAUUUGUGAUACUGAAUGUUAUCAGAUCUUCAACCAAAACCUAAUAUUAGAUAAAGGGAACAUAAGUGAACAAAUAACACAACAAUUACAUAUUUAUGUCAUAAACAAAGUUAUGCAACACCCAAUUCCCCCGUGUGAAAAAGUAAUUGCCCCCUUAGACUCAAUAACUGGUUGUGCCACCUUUAGCUGCAAUGACCCCAACGAAAUGCUUCCUGUAGAAUUCUCUGAUACAGAGCAGAAUUCAUGGUUCCUUCUAUUAAGGCAAGUCGUCCAGGUCCUGAGGCAGCAAAGCAUCCCCAAACCAUCACACCACCACCACCAUGCUUGACCUUUGGUAUGAGGUUCUUACUUUGGAAUGCAGAGUUUGGUUUUCGCCAGGCAUUAUGGGACCCAUCUCGUCCAAAAGGUUAUACUUUUGAAUCAUCUGUCCAUAGAACGUUCUUCCAAGAGUCUUGAUGAUCAUCCAGGUGCUUUUUGGCAAACUUGAGUUAACUUUUUGGACGAGAUGGGUCCCAUUGCAGCUGGCACAACCAGUUACUGAGUCUAAGGGGGCAAUUACUUUUUCACACAGGGGAAUUGAGUGUUGCAUAACUUUGUUUAUGAAAUAAAUAUGUAAUUGUUGUGUUAUUUGUUCACUUAUGUUCCCUUUAUCUAAUAUUAGGUUUUGGUUGAAGAUCUGAUAACAUUCAGUAUCACAAAUAUGCAAAAGUAGAGAAAAUUAGAAAGGGGGCAAAUACUUUUUCAUAGCACUGUAUAUAUACACACACACACACACACACACACACACAGGAUACACACACCAACCUGCCUGGACUACUUACCUCUGAGCACUACGGUAUGCACACAUACACACAAACACUUGCUUGACCUCAUCCACAUGCAUUUGGAAACAUGUCCUUCAACCUUCAACUCACUCCAGAUCCCUGUCUAAACAUCUCACUCCAGAUUCCCUGUCUAUACAUCUCACUCCAGAUUCCCUGUCUAUACGUCUCACUCCAGAUUCCCUGUCUAUACAUCUCACUCCAGAUUCCCUGUCUAUACAUCUCACUCCAGAUUCCCUGUCUAUACGUCUCACUCCAGGUUCCCUGUCUAUACGUCUCACUCCAGAUUCCCUGUCUAUACAUCUCACUCCAGAUUCCCUGUCUAUACAUCUCACUCCAGAUUCCCUGUCUAUACGUCUCACUCCAGAUUCCCUGUCUAUACGUCUCACUCCAGAUUCCCUGAAUCUGUCUAUACGUCUCACUCCAGGUUCCCUGUCUAUACGUCUCACUCCAGAUUCCCUGUCUAUACGUCUCACUCCAGAUUCCCUGUCUAUACGUCUCACUCCAGAUUCCCUGUCUAUACGUCUCACUCCAGAUUCCCUGUCUAUAUGUCUCACUCCAGAUUCCCUGUCUAUACGUCUCACUCCAGGUUCCCUGUCUAUACGUCUCACUCCAGAUUCCCUGUCUACCAGAACGCUAGGUGUGACACCAGGCGAUAGAGUACAUGACAUAUUGUCAUUGAGCAGCCAGUGUGUGUGUUUCUCACUGCUGACCCUGUCCUUCCCCAGGUCCCUCGCCACUGGAUGUCAGAGGACAGCAAACACGUGUUGAUCCAGAUCUUAUGGGACAACCUCAAGCUGCACCAGGAUCCCAUCCAGCCGUUUUACAUCCUCUGGAACACACAGAGUAGGUUAUACUCUACAUCAGGGCCUGUCUCAGUGAAAUACAUGAAGUUAUACUCUACAUCAGGGCCUGUCUCAGUGAAAUACAUGAAGUUAUACUCUACAUCAGGGCCUGUCUCAGGAAACCGAAGUUUUCUACAUCAGGGCCUGUCUCAGUGAAAUACAUGAAGUUAUACUCUACAUCAGGGCCUGUCUCAGUGAAAUACAUGAAGUUAUACUCUACAUCAGGGCCUGUCUCAGUGAAAUACAUUAAGUUAUACUCUACAUCAGGGCCUGUCUCAGUGAAAUACAUGAAGUUAUACUCUACAUCAGGCGGCCGUCUCAGUGAAAUACAUUAAGUUACUCUACAUCAGGGCCUGUCUCAGUGAAAUACAUGAAGUUAUACUCUACAUCAGGGCCUGAAGCCGUCUCAGUGAAAUACAUGAAGUUAUACUCUACAUCAGGGCCUGUCUCAGUGAAAUACAUGAAGUUAUACUCUACAUCAGGGCCUGUCUCAGUGAAAUACAUGAAGUUAUACUCUACAUCAGGGCCUGUCUCAGUGAAAUACAUGAAGUUAUACUCUACAGCAGGGCCUGUCUCAGUGAAAUACAUUAAGUUAUACUCUACAUCAGGGCCUGUCUCAGUGAAAUACAUGAAGUUAUACUCUACAUCAGGGCCUGUCUCAGUGAAAUACAUGAAGUUAUACUCUACAUCAGGGCCUGAAGCCGUCUCAGUGAAAUACAUGAAGUUAUACUCUACAUCAGGGCCUGUCUCAGUGAAAUACAUGAAGUUAUACUCUACACAGGGUGCCUGUCUCAGUGAAAUACAUGAAGUUAUACUCUACAUCAGGGCCUGUCUCAGUGAAAUACAUGAAGUUAUACUCUACAUCAGGGCCUGUCUCAGUGAAAUACAUGAAGUUUAUACUCUACAUCAGGGCCUGGUCUCAGUGAAUACAUGAAGUUAUACUCUACAUCAGGGCCUGUCUCAGUGAAAUACAUGAAGUUAUACUCUACAUCAGGGCCUGUCUCAGUGAAAUACAUGAAGUUAUACUCUACAUCAGGGCCUGUCUCAGUGAAAUACAUGAAGUUAUACUCUACAUCAGGGCCUGUCUCAGUGAAAUACAUGAAGUUAUACUCUACAUCAGGGCCUGUCUCAGUGAAAUACAUUAAGUUAUACUCUACAUCAGGCCUGUCUCAGUGAAAUACAUGAAGUUAUACUCUACAUCAGGGCCUGUCUCAGUGAAAUACAUGAAGUUAUACUCUACAUCAGGGCCUGAAGCCGUCUCAGUGAAAUACAUUAAGUUAACUCACAUCAGGGCCAUGUCUCAGUGCAAAUACAUGAAGUUAGACUCACAUCAGGGCCUGUCUCAGGUGGAAAUAAUUAAAGUUAUACUGAUACGCGGGCCAUUUCUCAGUGAAAUACCUUAAGUUUAUACUCUACAUCAGGGCCUGUCUCAGUGAAAUACAUGAAGGUUAUACUCUACAGCAGGGCCUGAAGGUCUCAAGUGAAAAGUAUCACACAGGCCUGUCAGGAAAAUUAAGUUAUACUCUACAUCAGGGCCGAGCCGUCUCAGUGAAAUACCAUUAAUUUAUACUUCAACAGCAUUGGCCUGUCCCAGGUUAAAUACAUGAAGUUAUACUCUACAUCCGGGCCUGAAACCGUCUCAGUUAAAUACCAUGAAGGUUAUACUCUACAUCAGGGCCUGUCUCAGUGAAAAUACAUUAAUUUAUACUCUACAGCAGGGCCUGUCUCAGGUGAAAUACAUGAAGUUUAUACUCUACAUCAGGGGCCCUGUCUCCAGUGAAAUACAUGAAGUUAUACUCUUACAUCAGGGCCUGUCUCAGUGAAAUACAUGAAGUUAUACUCUACAUCAGGGCCUGUCUCAGUGAAAUACAUGAAGUUAUACUCUACAUCAGGGCCUGUCUCAGUGAAAUACAUGAAGUUAUACUCUACAUCAGGGCCUGUCUCAGUGAAAUACAUGAAGUUAUACUCUACAUCAGGGCCUGAAGCCGUCUCAGUGAAAUACAUGAAGUUAUACUCUACAGCAGGGCCUGAAGCCGUCUCAGUGAAAUACAUUCUUUGUAUGCUGGUACCUUGUUUUAUCAAGGAACAGAUAAAGCCCAUAAGUCUAUAUUUUACUGUGGUUUUAAGAAGAGCAUAUAUGUACGAAUUGUGGAUGUCUUGUUGCCUUUUUGUGGCCUAGCUUUGGCAGAUGGAAGCCUUGGGCAGCUAUGUGGCAGCCAUUUUGGAUCUCUGUGUACUGUAAUGUCUGGGAGCUAACAGGGGUCUGUUGUGCUCUCUGUUCUCUGUCUUUCAGGGCAGCCAUUUUGGAUCUCUGUGUACUGUAAUGUCUGGGAGCUAACAGGGGUCUGUUGUGCUCUCUGUUGUCUGUCUUUCAGGGCAGCCAUUUUGGAUCUCUGUGUACUGUAAUGUCUGGGAGCUAACAGGGGUCUGUUGUGCUCUCUGUUGUCUGUCUUUCAGGGCAGCCAUUUUGGAUCUCUGUGUACUGUAAUGUCUGGGAGCUAACAGGGGUCUGUUGUGCUCUCUGUUCUUUGUCUGUCUUUCAGGGCUUAAUUGUGCUCUGUUGUUAGACAGUGAGUGUUCUCUUUAGGACUCUACAGCUGAGUCCUCUCCUUUGUCUCUGUAUGUUCUGUCUGCUUUUCUGCGCUCUGUUUGUUCUCUUUGUAGUCAUUUGGAAAACCCGUUUCAUUUUCUCUGUCCUCAGUAUCUUUCCAUUUGUGUGGUUGAAAUGCAUCGCUGUAUUGCUGUUCUCCACUUGCUUGACAGUCUUGAGAAUUCUGUGGGCUGUCUUUUGAUUGAAUUGUCUAAAUAAUGUUGUUUCCAGUGAUUCAUUUUCUUCAGUUCUUCCAACGUUUUAAUGUGUGCCUUUCGUCUAGUUGGAUCUCAAAUACACCCCUGUAUUAUACACUCCUGUAUUUGAGGAUGGGUUAGCGUCUCUGGUUUACUGUGUGUGUGAUCGCUCUUGCAUACCUACGUGUGUGCGCACGUGGACGUGUUUGUUAUGCACUGCUCAAAAAAAUAAAGGGAACACUAAAAUAACACAUCCUAGAUCUGAAUGAAUGAAAUAAUCUUAUUAAAUACUUUUUUCUUUACAUAGUUGAAUGUGCUGACAACAAAAUCACACAAAAAAUUAUCAAUGGAAAUCAAAUUUAUCAACCCAUGGAGGUCUGGAUUUAGAGUCACCCUCAAAAUUAAAGUGGAAAACCACACUACAGGCUGAUCCAACGUUGAUGUAAUGUCCUUAAAACAAGUCAAAAUGAGGCUCAGUAGUGUGUGUGGCCUCCACGUGCCUGUAUGACCUCCCUACAACGCCUGGGCAUGCUCCUGAUGAGGUGGCGGAUGGUCUCCUGAGGGAUCUCCUCCCAGACCUGGACUAAAGCAUCCGCCAACUCCUGGACAGUCUGUGGUGCAACGUGACGUUGGUGGAUGGAGCGAGACAUGAUGUCCCAGAUGUGCUCAAUUGGAUUCAGGUCUGGGGAACGGGCGGGCCAGUCCAUAGCAUCAAUGCCUUCCUCUUGCAGGAACUGCUGACACACUCCAGCCACAUGAGAUCUAGCAUUGUCUUGCAUUAGGAGGAACCCAGGGCCAACCGCACCAGCAUAUGGUCUCACAAGGGGUCUGAGGAUCUCAUCUCGGUACCUAAUGGCAGUCAGGCUACCUCUGGCGAGCACAUGGAGGGCUGUGCGGCCCCCCAAAGAAAUACCACCCCACACCAUGACUGACCCACCGCCAAACCGGUCAUGCUGGAGGAUGUUGCAAGCAGCAGAACGUUCUCCACGGCAUCUCCAGACUCUGUCACGUCUGUCACAUGUGCUCAGUGUGAACCUGCUUUCAUCUGUGAAGAGCACAGGGCGCCAGUGGCGAAUUUGCCAAUCUUGGUGUUCUCUGGCAAAUGCCAAACGUCCUGCACGGUGUUGGGCUGUAAGCACAAACCCCACCUGUGGACGUCGGGCCCUCAUACCACCCUCAUGGAGUCUGUUUCUGACCGUUUGAGCAGACACAUGCACAUUUGUGGCCUGCUGGAGGUCAUUUUGCAGGGCUCUGGCAGUGCUCCUCCUGCUCCUCCUUGCACAAAGGCGGAGGUAGCAGUCCUGCUGCUGGGUUGUUGCACUCCUACGGCCUCCUCCACGUCUCCUGAUGUACUGGCCUGUCUCCUGGUAGCACUACGCUAACAGACACAGCAAACCUUCUUGCCACAGCUCGCAUUGAUGUACCAUCCUGGAUGAGCUGCACUACCUGAGCCACUUGUGUGGGUUGUAGACUCCGUCUCAUGCUACCACUAGAGUGAAAGCACCGCAAGCAUUCAAAAGUGACCAAAACAUCAGCCAGGAAGCAUAGGAACUGAGAAGUGGUCUGUGGUCACCACCUGCAAAACCAGUCCUUUAUUGGGGGUGUCUUGCUAAUUGCCUAUAAUUUCCACCUGUUGUCUAUUCCAUUUGCACAACAGCAUGUGACAUGUAUUGUCAAUCAGUGUUGCUUCCUAAGUGGACAGUUUGAUUUCACAGAAGUGUGAUUGACUUGGAGUUACAUUGUGUUGUUUAAGUGUUCCCUUUAUUUUUUUGAGCGGUGUAUAUACAGUGUGUAUUAGUGUAGCCUACAUAUCCAUCUUUCUGACCCCUGACCCAGGUGUGGGCUACCCAUUGUGUCGUCCUGUGAGCGAGGCGGAGCGUCCGUUUGGGGAGGAGCUACUCCACAGCGUGGUCAAGAGCAUCCAGAGGAACGACGUCUCUCGACCAAUGGGACAGCUCCUACAGCUGCUGGGGCAGAGCCUGGGGGUCAAGAGGCAAAGGUCAGGGGGUUACACAUUAAUAACUCCAUUGUCCAGGGGCAUGUUCAGGAGGAUGUAACGUUACCGAACAUUCAGAUAGAAAGGUAUUUUGUAGAACAGACAUGAUUGUCUGUCAGGAUAAAGAAUUGUCAGCUCUGCUCAUUCCAUUUCUAUCUAUCUGUAACAGUCAGAGCGUUUCACAUCACUAAAUACAUCCCACAAGUCAGUUGGUGCAAAUAUAGCAAUACUAAACGAUAUCCAAGGUUGGAUGUCAAAGAGAGACAGUCGGCAUGCUAUCUACUGGAACUAGUCUGCUAAAUCUCCACUGUAACAUCUAACACCCCCGUGCUCUUCCCUCUGCAGGAGUCUGUACAGAGAUAUCCUCUUCCUGUCUCUGGUGGCUCUGGGAAAGGACAACAUUGACAUCGGUAAGUCUGCUUCCGUGGUGCUAGUAGUUUCAGAAGUACUGGAGUGUGCUCCCAGCCGACAACUCUCCAGGUGCAGGGUACACAAACCUAAUCUAGAAGGACACUAAAUACCCACACGCUGUUGAAAGCUCCUGCGGUGUAUUGCAACGUUUUCACUAGAAGGUCUUCAGUUGAAAUUAGAUUUAAAUCAGUGUUAAACAUGGAUUAACAUUGACGUGAUAAUCUCAUCUCACUCUUCCUCCUCCCUCCAGACGCUUUUGACCGUGAAUACAAGAUGGCGUACGACCGCCUCAGCCCGACCCUGGUGAAGCUGACGCACAACUGUGACCGUCCGCCCAGCGCUGGGGUCAUGGAGUGUCGCAAGACCUUCGGAGAGCCCUACCUCUGA